UUAAAAAUGGUGGUUGGUCCUUACCUAAAGACCAUGCUCCUCCUUCCACCCUUUUCUUUGAGACCAAAGCCAUCUUCUUCUUUAAGCUCCACGAAAAUCAAAAGCCAAAUUCACACCCUUGUCUAUGCUCAGGCUUGCCGUCUAAUCCGAGCAUUUUCAAAAGCAAAGUCCACUUUCACUCGAAUCUGUAAGCAAAAUAAGCCUAUAAGAUACUUGAUUUCCUACUCAAAGACCACAAAAAACAAGUACAAGCACAAGAAGCUCGUCUUUGGUUCAUUUAGGCUACACUAUAAUUGGCGUUCUUCACAUGUUACACCGGUUCCGGCUCCGGUACUCGAAGGGUGCACCGCAACUCAUUCGUACUAUGAUUCGAUCUGGGAUUCAAUGAUUUCAGCUGAGCAAUGUGAGGAGGAUACUGUGGAGUCUGAGCUUUCGGGUUACCUUCAAUGGCUAGAAGAAAAGAAGGCUAAUGGGAAUUCCACGGCUGAGGCGGAUCUUAAUGAGAUUGAUAAGCUAGCAGAAUUGUUUAUAGCCCAUUGUCAUGAAAAGUUUAUGUUGGAGAAGCAAGAGUCUUACAGGAGAUUCCAGGAAAUGAUGGCUAGAAGCUUGUGAAUGUUAUUUCUUCUUAAUUAUUAGCAAAUAAAUCUUCUUUGUUCUGCUUAGCCUAAGCUUUUUUUUAUGUAACGUAUA